UCUGGAUAAAGAAACUUAAAAACAUUUAGGGAAGGACUGAUGGACGCAGAAAAGAGUGUGCAUGAUCUGGCGCCCUUCCCACACCUUUGUCAUCAGCCGCUGCUCCGUAUUUCAGUAGUUGUAGCCUCAGGCUAGCUGGAGGUCGAACCCCCCUCCCGUUCUGGCUCGGUUGCAGAGCCGUCAAGGAUACUUUGUCAUUUUCUCCGACCAGCCUACCAUGAGUCUUUCUGAGGUGGCGAGCACUUUAACGGCCUUUAAGUGCUUGACCUGUGCCCACCGAUGUCCCCAGCUUUUUUGGCUUUCAAGACUCCCAUUAGUUAUUAGCCUUUACUUACUACAAAAUGUUACUCGCCUGAGGUCUGGUGCUGGACCCAGGCCGGCUUAAACUGGGCCCAGGUUUUUAGGUUGGACCCAGUCUGGUACCACCAGCAGUUCCCAGUGUGGGAUCCAGGCAGAGUCGGGAGAGAAUUUGGGGAGGGAUUCCGACCAAGUGGGGACCGUGGAAAUGGAAUUAGGUGAGGAGCUCAGCACGGAGAGAGCAGAGCUCAGAACCCGCAGGAGCGCACCCACGGCCCUCGGGAGCCGGGACAGGCACUCACUGUGGCCGCAGGGUACCACGCCUGUGCGUGUCCUCGUCCCGCCGCGGUCAGAGAGCGCUCCAGACCCCGGCACGGCUGCCACGUCCGGCACCUAACAGACUCGGCUGAGUAGACUGAAAGACCAGACUGGCUGUUUCAUGGUGCUUGAGUCGGGCAGCAUCCCAUCUCGCAAUGGAGAGGAGCUCUGCUGAGCUGGGGGGAAGGGAGGGUGGAAAAGGAAAUUAUUAGAGAAUGUGUUGUUUCCGGCAAGGUCGCCUUCCUCAGGGGAGCGGACGGGGUCUGUGGGGCACAUCAAAUCUGGUCACUAGAGCUGACCAGGUAAUUCCGAGCUGAGUGGUAAGCAGUUACGUUCCUGGGGAUGGAGACUGCAGUUAGAUUAGGUGUUAAGUCUUGGUCUGCUGAUGGGGUUUGGCACACUGACUACAUUUAGGUCCUGCUGUCUCCUUUUUAACAAUUCAAAUAUUUAUUGAAUACCUAACACGUACGAGGUACUAGGGCACGUUUUUUCCCUUUCCCAGAGCUAGACGUUAAUCGGUUAUAUACUCUUACGUGUGUGUAUGUAUAUACACUUGACCUUUGAACAGCGUGGGGGUUAGGGAUGCCCACCCCCCAUGCAGUUGAAAAUCUGUGUAUAACUUCUGACUCCCUGAGAGCUUUACCAAUAGCCUGCUGUUGAGUAGAAGCCUUACCCACAACAUAAACAGUUGACACACAUUUUGUAUGUAAUCUGAGCUACGUACCAUAUUCUUACAACGAAGUCAUUAGAGAAAAGAAAAUGUUAUUAAGGAAAUGAUAAGGAAAAUACGUUUACAGUGCUGUACUGUGUUUACUGAAAAAAAAUCUGUGUAUAAGUGGACCCGUGCAGUUCACACCCGUGUUGUUGAGGGAGGAGCAAGUCCGAGGAAUGAACGGAGUCACGGGGGGACGGUGAACGGCGCUGGGGCUGUGGUGUCGGAUGAGCUCCGGGCCCAGGAGUUUGCUCUCCCUCUUCAGAAAGAGGGGCAGCUGUGGGCAGCGGCUGAGCUGCCGUUGUCAUCACACCCCUGGUUUGGUCAUCCCUUGAUUGUGGCCCAGAGGGAGCUCCUUAGGGAACUAAAUUCCCCUCAGGCUGCCUAGGGACGAGGCAUGGGAACAGGUAAGGAUGCCUGGCCUGGGAACGGGUGAGUCUCAAGGAGAGCGCGCUGGCUUCCCGUAACCCAGCAGCCGGCACCCUACGGGUAAUCGAGCCCAAACAGGGAAGGCGGUGCCCCACAUGCAAUGCAUGUUUAUUGCAGGAAAUUGCAGGAAAAUGCCAGGCUGCCCACGUGGCAGCGGUGCAGCUAGAGACCUCCGUCCGGGGUGGGAAUUGGUGUUGAGUGAGUGCAGGCGGUCACCCCGCGGGUGUGGGCCGCGUGCUGUCAGCAUCGCAGAGCCCUGUGGCCCUGUCGUCAUCGCUACCUGCCUGUUUCCCACAGGCCGCCACUCUCCUCCCUAACGUGCGCCUUGAGCUCUUCCAGCCGACGAGCUAAGACCGACCGGUCGCUCUCGCGUCGCGGGACGCUGUGCGGUCACCUAGGGUGCGCAUGGGUGCCAUCGGGGUGGAGCGGACCGCUGCCGCGAGCGCGCCCCCUUGAUCAGGCGCUCUCCGGCGUGGAGGCCCGAGUGCCACCCCGAGGACUCUGCUCUGUGGCCCCCGUUUCUCAGUGCGCGCGCCCAGCAGAGAGAGACCCGGCCCCGGGUCCGUUUUUCUGCGUGGUUCUUCAGCCGACACUCCUCCUCCUGAGGGUUUGGAAAUUCGUCAAUACCGUGUCCCUCUCGUAGUCUUUUUGAUUUUAGCCAUUCUGACGGGUGUACGGUUUUCAUUUUUUAUUUCGACUGGCAUUUCUCUGGUGAUUAGCGAGGAUGAGCAUCUUUUCGGUUAAUUGGCCAUUUGGAGAUCUUUCAUCCAGUGGCUGUUGCACGUUUUUCUACUGGCUUGUCUGGCUGAAGAUCUGUACCAGUUCUUUGUAGGUUCUGGAUACGCUUAGCUUGAAGAGUUGCUCAUCGUUCCUACUUUGCGGCCUGUCUUUUCGCUCACUGGUGUCUUCUGAAGAAUAUAAGUUUUGUAUUUGUGGAUUUUAUUAUUACAUUUAUUAUCGUGGAUAUAUCGUAUAGAAGUUCAUCCUUCUUGAACAUCUGAAUGUUAAUAGGGCCUUAAAUGCACGUGGCUUUUUUUUUCUCAGUGUCUAUUCCUCUUCCGGCAGGGGUACUUGAGCCUGCUUCGGUGGCCGCUCUUCCCUGUCCUGGCCGCAGGGGUCACGGUCCGUGCCACCUCAGGCCGACCGGUCAGCAUAGUUUCAUCCCUCUGAUCACAUGAUAAAGUCAAGGCCAAGAAGUGGCCCAGACUGGCCCAGACUCACACAGCGUGUACGGGGUUGGAUGGGAGAGAUGGCCGCUCUUCCCAGUGCACCAGAGCGUGGCAGGGCGGCCGUGGGGGCCGCUGGCCACCGUGUUGCCGGCAAGUGGCAGCAGAAAGUGGAAACUGGAGCCCACACACAGACGCGCACAGCUGCAGGCUGAGAGGCCAGGCCGGGCUGGCUCGGGCUGUUGCGUGGAGUCCUGCACAGACCUUCCAGUUAAAGGUCUGUCCCUCCAGAGAGUUCCUCUUUCUUCAGGUUGGAUGAGGCUGAGCUUUCUGCGGUUUACGCUGAAAAGGCUCUCGCCGAUGUGCAGAGUGAACUGUCUUGAUGUCAUCUUUUUAAAUGUCAACACUGUGUUCCGCUGAAUUUAAGCUCCAGUUCCGUCCAGGGGUUCCUGCCUCAGCAGGGAUUUCCAGCAGCCUGUGGGUGGAAAGUUAGGAUGGCCGGCAGCCCAAGGCCAAGGGGACUGCAGCUCUGUCCAAGGAAAGGCCAGCAGGAGCACACGCAUCGUCUAGUGACUCUCAAGGCAGCACAGAUAGAAUGAGUGGGUUCCGGGAUGGCCGAGCCCUUCUGAGAGGCUGUCCGGGGGCUGCUCCAAGCCCGGUCACCAGCAGGUGGAGUGGGCGUCGUUACAGACGCCAAGCCAUUUAGAGCAGCAGUGAGUGGCUGAGCCGGUAUCUCCCCCGCAAAUCUGUUUGACCGUGAACCCACGCUGCUCCCUGCACAGAUUGCCGCUGCUGCCUUCUUAGGUCAGUGGAGCUGUGAAGUCACCUGUGGCCCCUGCUCUGUGUGUGCCAUGGCUCUGUGUGUGACCAAUGAGGAGUCAGAAAUUGCUAGCGCUGGGCUCACGUGUUGCAGACCAUGCCAUCCCAGACCGUCUCUGUGAGGCGUGGUUCUGUCCAUCUCCGGCGGUGGAAGCAGAUUCCGCAAGGCUGAGCGAGGUCUGUCGAGUAGCAAGAGGGGGACUUGCAUCAAGAUUGAGGAUGGAAGAGCCACAGGGGUUUUUCUCCCCUGGUGACGGCUGCGUCGGUGACAUGGUCACAGAAAGGUGCCUGGUCGAAUCUAAGGAGCCCGUGUCCCAUGUUCAGCUUGCUUGUGGCCUGUGGUUCUGCGCUUUCCCUUUAGAUGGGAAUGAACUUUGCGUGUGGAGCACCAAGGACCCUUCUUACCAGCCUCUAAUCCUAAGAGGACACCGUCAGCCGAUCACUGCUGUGACAUUUGGAAAUACAGUGAGUCCACUUCUCAUCUGUUCCGCAUCACAGGAUUAUGUUAUGUUGUGGAGUCUGGAUGAGUGCAGACAGAAAGUGCUUCUAGGGCUGACUCCUCGAGGGCUCGUCCUGAGCACCCUUCUGGGCAAGGCGCUGUAUUUGAGGCUGAGCCCGGACGACCGAGCAGCUGCGGUGUGUGCCGGGAAUAAAAUCUUUAUGCUGGAUACCGAGAGCCGGUCUACACUAGCUGUGCUGGAGGGUCACCGGGGCCCCGUGACUGCAGCUGAGUUCUGUCCAUGGCAAACACAUAUCAUCAUUUCAGUGUCUGAAGACAGAAGCUUUAAGGUCUGGGACCAUCACGCUGGAUCACCACUGUACAGCUCAGCAGUGCUAACAGCCUCCCCGCUCCUGAGUCUCCUCGUGGAUGAAAAGAGCCAGCAGUUGGUGGCGGGAUGUGCAGACGGGCAGCUUUGGGUCUUCAGUUUGGUUGAAAGACAUCAUUAUCGUUGUGUGACCCGAGUUGACCUAAAGAAGAAGAGAGAGACUUUCUCCAGGAGGGUCGAGUCCAGGUUGUGCAGCCUGCCAGUUCUGUUCCUAGAGAAGAAUCGGCGUCCCUGUGCACACGGCCUGGAGAAAGGAGAGGACGUGGAAGGAAGCCUGCCUGUCCUGGGCCUGGCUCCCUGUGACCUUUCGCUCCUGCCCAGUUCUGAGUGUGGAUGCCUGCCUUCUGAGAGUGCCCCGUGCCUGUGGGUUGGAAGCUCCUCUGGCUUACUCAUACUUAACUUGGCGAACUUCGAAUUGGAAGGCGUUUUACGUUACAAGGAUUUCAGGAGCCUCAGCAUUCAGGUUGCCGGAUCGUGCGCGAUGAUGAGCAAGGCCGGCGAGCAAAAGGCCAUCUGCUUGCUGACGUCCAUGUUUGGCGGUCAGAUCGCCGUGUUGGAAAUCCGUCUCGCGGCUCUGGUGCGGUCUCGGCAAGGUCUCGGCGCCGGAAGGAGCCUGUCGGUGCUGCCUCGUGGCUGUGUCCUGUCCACGUCUCCGCUGCACUUCAGAAUUGCUGAGGAGCACAGGACCCCACCGGCGCCUCAGCGACGGUCCGCGGUACGGAGCACCGUUCAGGACCAGCCUCUGGUUUUCCACGGCAAAGUGAGGUCAUCUGGGUAUGCGACCGCCCCGCACGUCACUAUGUUUUCACCCAAGACCAACACCAGGAAUAACGGUGACAGCCCUUCACGCCGCAGGGGCAGUCACAGGUGUAAGGAGUACCCUCUGGAGAGUUCUCCGCCAACCAGACUCCACAAGCAGCGUGUCCUUGCCCACGGGCCAGCCGCCGCGCUCUGUGUCCAGUUCUCGGGAGAUGGGCGGUGGCUGGCCUGUGGCUUAGCCAACCACUUGUCGCUGGUCUUCCGUGCUGAUCUUACUGGGACACCUGUUGUCUUCUCAGGUCACGACGGGGCAGUGAGCACCGUGUGCUGGAGUCAUGACGGCCGGUGGCUGCUGUCCACUUCCCUGGACGGGACGCCGAGGGUGUGGUCGCUGCGUAGGGCGGAGCUCGUGUUGUGUGUGGGCAGAGACCUGUUCCCGAAGCCCAUCCGGUCCGCCCAGUUUUACUACCUGGACGCUUUUAUAUUGUGUUCUUCUGGCCCUGAACUUCAGCUCCUGAAGUGUCACAUUGACACGAGCAAGGAUGAGAUAAGAAGGUACAAACAAAGGAGCAGGUGCAGGCCCGUUUUCAGGCUCCCCACAGCUGGCCCAACAGAGAUCACCAGCCUGUCCGCCGCGAACGACUUUUAUUCCUACCUGGUGCUCGCCGCGGGCCGGGACAAGACCGUGGAGGUGUUCGACCUCAAUGCAGGCCGCAGUGCAGCCGUGAUAGCGGAAGCCCAUUCACGGCCUGUGCACCAAAUCUGUCAGAAUAAGGGAUCGUCAUUCACGACCCAACAAUAUCAGGUUUAUAACCUUUUUGCCACCGCAGCCAUUGGCGAUGGGAUAAAGCUGUGGGACUUGAGAACCCUGAGAUGUGAGCGCCGUUUUGAAGGACAUCCGAACCACGGAUACCCGUGUGGAAUUGCUUUUAGCCCUUGUGGACGCUACGUGGCUUCUGGUGCCGAGGACAGACACGCGUACGUGUAUGAAAUGGGCUCGAGCACGUUUUCUCACAGACUGGCCGGACACACGGACACCGUCGCUGGCGUGGCCUUCAGCCCGUCAGCCCCCCAGGGAGACAGACGUGGGAACCAGACCUUUGCUGGGGGAGAAAGGGAAGCGCAGGGCGUGUUCUUCCGCGUGGCGGCCUGUGUCAUCCCGUUCGCCUGCUGGGAGCCGAGCUGCGGGGAACGCGGGCGGGCCGAGUCCCAGGGCAGCUUGCCACCACCACCCUGGACGGCAAACUGCAGCUGUUUGUGGCCGAAUAACUCACCGUGGGCCGGUGCGCCGCGGGCGCGAGGGGGACGUGGCCAAGGCUGCUGGAUCCCGAGCCGCUGCCGCCCUGUGCCCCUCAUGCUGGCAAGGUCUCCCGCCCCGCGGGACGGUCCCCCUUCCCGGAGACGGAGUUGGCCUCCAGCACUCGUGUGCAGAACGUGGUGAAGUUUUACAACAGAACGUUCUUCAAUAAAAAGUAACCCAGU